AUGUCCGCCGAGGCUUCCGUUUCGUACGCCGCUUUGAUCUUGGCCGAUGCCGGGGUCGACAUCACCGCUGACAACUUGUUGACCGUCACCAAGGCCGCUGGCGCCGACGUCGACAACGUCUGGGCCGACAUUUUCGCCAAGGCCCUCGAAGGCAAGGACCUCAAGGAGAUCCUCGCCGCCUUCUCCACCGCCGGCCCCGCCGCUGGCGCUGCCCCCGCUGCCGGUGCCGCCGCUGCUGGUGGCGACGCUGCCGCUGCCGAAGAAAAGGAAGAAGAAGCCGCCGAAGAAUCCGACGACGACAUGGGGUUCGGCUUGUUCGACUAA